AUGUCUUCCAAGUUGGCUUUUGCUCUGUUGGCAGCUUUCAUGCUUUCUGCAGCUCUGUGUGAAGCUGCAGUUUUGCCAAGGGUGGCUACAGAACUUCGAUGCCAGUGUAUAAAGACAUACUCUCAAUUUAUCCAUCCCAAAUUUAUCAAGGAAGUGAGAGUGAUUGAGAGUGGACCACACUGCGCAAAAUCAGAAAUCAUUGCAAAAAUUGUUACAAAGGAAAGAGAGGAAGUGAAAUCAGUCUGCCUGGACCCCACUAAAAAGUGGGUGCAGUUGGUUGUUCAGCAAUUUUUGAAAAGAGCAGAAAAAGAAAAGCCAUAA